AUCAUGGCAUUUUUUCAUUUUGAAUUUUCCAUUGGCGUUUUUGGGGUGGCACACGUUUCGUUUUAUUUCUUUUUUAUUUUCAAUUUAUGUUUGCGUAACUUGAAAAUAUGGGCACUAAAACGUUUUACAAGUUCUCUUAGAUAUAUAAAUAAUUUAAGGAAUAAAUUUUUCAAUCACAAUCCAAGAUGGAAACGGAUGAAACUUUGGGAGCGAAUGGCGAUGUGUUCGUGCAUCGCUUGAAAGAACUGACGGAAGAAGAAAAGCAACGUUUAGAACUGCAAAACACGCGAAUCAUCCCUGAAGGAAAGGCUUCUAAACUAGAACGAGAAGCAAGAAAGCACUGGGACUUGUUUUACAAAAGGAACGAAACGAAAUUCUUUCGGGACCGGCAUUGGACCACGCGUGAGUUUCAAGAGCUUAUAAAUUUCGAUUCUGAUGAACAAAUAGCCUUUUUGGAACUCGGUUGUGGAGUCGGGAACAUGAUAUUUCCACUAGUAAAAGAAGGAUUUACGAAUUUUUACUUCUACGCUUGUGAUUUUUCUCCACGUGCUGUAGAGUUUGUGAAAGCGAAUAAAUUGUUUGACGGCAGUAGAAUGAAGGCGUUCUGUGCUGAUUUGACCUCUGAUGACUUAUUCGAGAAUAUUGAAGAAGGUACCGUAGAUAUAGCGAGUUUGAUUUUCGUAUUAUCGGCAAUACAUCCUACCGCGUGGACGCAAGUUGCGAAGAUAGCGUACCGAGCGUUGAAACCAGGUGGCAUGCUCUUGUUUAGAGAUUAUGGGAGAUACGACAUGGCGCAGUUGAGAUUUAAGCCGGGCCACAAGAUUGCAGAUAAUUUUUACAUGAGGCAGGAUGGCACAAGAAGUUAUUAUUUCACUGAAGAGGAAUUAGCAAGUUUAUUUUCAACAGCUGGUUUUGAAAUUCUCAUGAACACAUAUGUUCAGAGAAGGACAGUCAAUUUCAAAGAAGGUAUUGAUGUGCCUCGCAUAUUUGUGCAAGGAAAAUAUAAGAAGCCUGCUACUUGAUAUAAAUGAAGUGAAAUAAUGGUACGAUCAAGUUUACAGGAAAAUGAUUAUGGUCUGGUUCAGAAUGAAAACAGAAUCAACAGUUGUUAGUAUUGUACAAAAAGGGAAUUGUAACAAGAGAUCAUUUUGUAUGGCAACUAUGGUCCCUACACCAGUCUUGGAUUGUCAUCUAUUGCUCGAGAAAUGGUACAACUACCAAAAAGCCUUUUUCUCUUUCAAUGAAAUGUAAGGUAUACGGAAACAACUGCAAGAAAAACACACACCAAUAAUAAUAGAAUUUCAUCCUUCAUUGGAGUCUUAAAAAUUGAAAUGAAUCACCAUCUGGAAAUUAUAACAACUGGAGCUUGCAUAUUUUCACAGAAGAAAGUAAGGAAAAAUAUCUCUUCAAAAUAGAGGCAAAUUGAUGCCCUUCAGGUGGCAUGAGGGCUCUACCGAGCCAGUUCCACUCGGGCUUGACUAACCUGAGAGCUCACAAGCACAGAACCUCCAACAUGUCCGGGAGUGACCUUGGCAUUGAUAAAGGCGUUAACGCCUCCUGCAAGCUCCUGGUGUUGUAGCCAGUUCCACUCAGGCUAGGCUCUGUCUUGACUUGUUGGUGUGGGACGGAAACGUCUCUGGGGACUGGUAGACGACAGGGUCACAGAGAAGAAGAAGACUGUGGGAGGGCCCACUGCCUCUUAUGAUACAUUACUUGCGAGGAGAUGCAAAUGCCUACCAUGAAGCCUAGGUGGAAGUAGUGACACCAGUGAGAGAGAAUUAAAAGGACAAUGUUGUGGGUUCCUACGAGGACCUUGAAGUGGCAUACAAACUGCAUUAUUCAAACUCCCAUAAAUCCUUGGUCAGCUCAAGUCAUGUCAACAAGCAAGAUGCAGCGCUCAUUUAGCAUUAAGGAUUAAGUGUAGCACAUUUUUACAGUAAAUAAAUAUUAUGUAAUUAACAUAUUA